UUUAUAAAAAUAACUGUUGCACAAUAAUUAUCCUGACACAACGAAAAACAGUAGCGCGGUCUCAUCAGAAACUGUAAAUGUAUGUAACUGUUCUUGCAAUUUUAACUAGUAUUGGAGGAAGAUUCCCUACGGUAGAAAGCUAUUCUUUCUUAGGUGUAUCUACAGGAUCAUAAGAAUGAUAUUUCUACAGUCUGUUGCCCUCUUGUGGACUCUCUUUGGAGUUACUGCCGAAUAUAUAAAUGCUGCCCUCCGAGGUCGGGCAACUCAGUCUUCAAUUUUACGAAGUUCUAACAGCGGCUAUCAGUCAGCAGCAAUCAAUGCAAUAGAUGGUAACCAGGACUCAGACUUUUCCCACGGCUCCUGCUCCCAUACACAUAAUGACCCAUCUCCUUGGUGGAGGGUGGACCUGCUGACAUCUUAUAGAAUCUAUCACAUCAACAUUACUAACAGAGGGGACUGCUGUGCUGAAAGACUGAACGGUGCUGAAAUUCUCAUUGGAAACUCUUUGUCCAACAAUGGAAAUGAUAAUCCCAGGUGUGCAAUGGUGAUCUCAAUCCCAGCUGGAGGAACAGAGACCUUCAUGUGUAAUGGCAUGGUUGCCCGAUACGUCAAUGUCAUUUUGCGAGGAAAAUCCGAUUAUCUUCAUCUGUGUGAAGUUCAGGUCUUUGGACAUUACUUUGAAAAUGAAGUCUAAUACAUUUCCAUUGAAAAGAAGGUUUAAAUAAAUAAUGUCAUAGGAGGUAAAGGAAAAUAAAAAAUUAGUAUUAGGCAGAAAAAAUGCACAGGUAGGGAAGGCAAAAAUCAAUAUAAAGUAUAAAAAUA